AUCAACCAUUAAAUUUAAUUAGCAGUUGCACUGAGGAUAUCUGUACUGUAUGGUCUUCUCAAGAUAUUGUUUCUUUGAAAUGUGUUUGGUUCAUAUAAAAUGUGAUCUAUUAGAAAGGAAAGGAAAUAAUUAAUUGAAUCUAUUAUUUGUGUUAAUUAGCUGUACUUAGCGCUAACAACUAAUGAUUAUAAACCGAAUUCUCUUUUGCCUAGUCUUUUGAAGUUUUAGUUUUCCUAAAUUUUAUCAGAUUUUCAUAAAUUGAAAGAAAAACAAGCCAAUAUCGUGUUUGAUACUAAAAUUCGUAGAUACAAAACCCUUUCAUGGGCUUGCUGAUUAUACUACUCUCUGUAAUAUUGUUCACAUGGAGUCAGAAUUUAAUUAAAGGUGAACCAACUGCCAAAGAUAUCACCACCAACAUAAAUAUUAAUGAAAACAUAAAUUUCAAACCCCCAACAACAAGGAAUAACGAUAUAAUCCAUCUAAAUGGAGGAAAUACUACCGAGUCUACAAAAUUGGAAGCGGAAGACAAAGUCGUCUUUAGGAACAACAAAAUUGUCAUCAGACAAGCGAUCCUUAAGGGUGACAGCCCAGUCAGUUCUGACAUCCUUACCAGGUGCUUAGGGGUGUUUGCUUUAUCUUCAUGCCAGGCAGACACUAUCCAGGUCAAGGUGUUCAACAUCCUUGAGGAUCAGUAUUCCAGCAAAUUCUGCUUCUCUCUUGCAACCUUCUUCCAAAAAGAUUAUCCUUGCUUUGAAGCGAAGUCUACAUCAGAGGGAAUCGCCUUCAAAAGUAUCCAGGGCAAUGACAGUAAUGUGGAUUCCUUAAUAAUGCUGUUACAGCGCACUCAGUUGGAGAUCGAGAGCGUCGCUCUCUCUAGGUCAAGUACCAUCCUAGCCAGUGUAGAAGAUUAA